GUAACGCUGUUUGGUGGUGGAGUGUUUUGGAUUAGACGUUCGUUCACUUCGCGAGUGGGUUCUUGAGGGUUGGAGUUGUUUUAAGCAAUGCGUCGGGGGAGCUGUUAUAGAAAUAGCCUCACUACUUCCUGGAACUGCUGAAAACAUGUCACUCCUGCGUGUUAUGUACAAAUCGCGGCAUGUCAGCGCGGCCAGCAGUGCAUUUUUCCAUCGAAAACUUUGUGAUAACUUGCCAUGGACCCGGCAUCAAAUCAGAACAUGUUCGCAACAGGCAGCCAAUAUCUCGCCAAUUCAAAACAUUCAAAAGCCUCGGGAGCUCGAUAUCACGGCAUCAUCGCAACUCAAGGGGAAUAUAGAGAAAUCAACGGAGAGAAAAGGAAUCAUCCAGCGAUCUCUCUUCAAAGCCAAUGUCCUCAUUGAGGAACUUUCACAUAUGGAUGAGGUGCGGGAGGCACAGGACAGGGUCAUCCAGUUAAAGGAUAAACUGAUUGAGUCCGGGCAACAGAAGCGUGACAUUCUCCACAAACUAUCCGAGAUCAGGCGGGAAUUGAAGCAAAUCCAUGCAGACAGUAUUGCGAUCAGACGAGGCACUGAUGGCUACCUGACCCUCGUUCACAAUGAAAUUAGAUUGCUCAAGGACGAGGAGCGGCUGCAGUCCGAGUAUGAUGAAGCCGAUGACGAGGAACGCAAGCUUUUCACUCAUUUGACCGCCGCAAUCAAUGACUCAUACGAGAAGGAGAAAGUGCAUGCCAACACGCUUCGUCUUUGGGGCUUAAUCGGAACCCUAAUAACAUCGGUAUUCACCUUGGUAUUGUCCACAAUCGGUCAUUACUAUCACACAACGCAACUGGGCCUGGUGGGCAGUAAAUUCAAAGAUACCGAGAGCAUACACCGAGAGAUCCGUUCGCUGCGUGAUAUUUUGUUGGCUAUGCAGGCACAUAGCGAAUCGGAGGUGAAGACUAAGCAGAAGGGACCAGUUGCAAACCCUCAGGCAUCUGGAGAAUCGUGGGGAGCGUACUUCUCACGGAAAAUUAGCGGCAUUUUUAGAUAUUUUUAUCCAAAGAAGCCUUAGCGGGAGUGAAGUCGUACAUUUCGUUUUUCAUUCAUUUUUUUUAAUCCGAAUUUUCUCGUUCGAGGUGGAUACUGACUAAGAAUAAAUCUUUUUUUUACCGAUAAGAAUCCUAUUAUGUUCAUGGAUAGACGCUUAUGUUGUUGGAGACAAAACUUAUCCAAAUAAAAAACAAAGUUUCCUAAGAAAUAGUUUAUAA